AUGAUUGUCUCCAAGCGGAAACGAUCUCGGGUGGCCUGUGACCCUUGCCGUGAACGUAAGCGCAAGUGUGUCGGCGGCAAUCCUUGUGAGACUUGCGUGAGCUGGGAUUACGAAUGCCACUUUGACGGACAGAAGGAAAAGCGUCAUGUGUCAGUGCAAGAAUCGGACCGUUCAAAGCUAGACGAUGAGCGCCGCGAGCAACAGUCGCUGGAUGAUGCUGAACGGGACCGCGAUACUGUUAUCCGCCGUGUCGAGGCAAACUGUAGCGCAGCAUUUGUGAGGAACAUGAGCCUCAAGAUUAAUCCCACAAGCGCACCAAGGUUUGGUCUGUUUGGUUGGAAUACGGGAGCACGACAGCCAUCCGCUUCAGGAGACGCGUUCACGCCUUUGGCGAUCAACAUGACAUCGCUACAGCACAUAGAAGCUCUAGCACAGGUCUAUUUUGACAAGGUAAACUGUUGCUAUGGUUUUAUUGACCGCGAGAGGUUCUUCAAACGCUUGAAGGCGCGAUGGCAAACGUCCUCGGAACCACACAUAUAUGAUGCUAUUCUUACAGGCGUUGCCGCACUUGGAUCUCUAUUUUCGCAACGAACAGCCACCACCAUUGAGUCGCAGCUAGUUGCAAAAGCGCGCUCUGUUUUGGACGCUCAUCAUCUGACGGAACCCCCGUCCUUGGAUUUUCUGACGGCAUGGACUCUCCGAACUGUGUACCUUCGAAUAACUGACUCUCCCUACGCUACUUGGAUUGCCUCGUCUACACUCAUGCACCUUAUUGAAGUGUCUGAGCUUUAUUCUACACUGCAAUCAGCCAUGCUCCAACGCGACCAACAUGAUGGUGAUGAUGACAACAUUCGAAGACGACUUGUUGGAGUUGCCCGUCACCUCAAUGUGUGGACUUCGUACGAUUUGGGCCUACCACGAGUACCCUACCAAGAAAAGGAUUUGCUAGUCUAUGAUUUGCGAGAUCCCGGCAAUUAUACCGCAGAAAUUCUGUCUCUGUUGCCCGCCUCGGUCGGUCUAGACCCAGGCAAGCCCACAGAUGGGAGCAAUCUUAUCUCGACUCUCUCUGAACUCCUGAAAAGCUCUCACACCCAACCGCCAUCGACUAUGGCGCAAUCAAAUCUUGUUCUUUGUGUGCUUCGACGCAUAUAUGCACAGGCGGUGGAUCUUUCCCCUGCCAUGGUGGACAAAGUCCUAGCACUAUUUCGAAAAGCUUUGAGCUGCGCACAGGAGCUGGUCAGAGAUUGCUCACCUUGGCAUCAAGUGGUGAACGUUCCAUUCCAAAUCGUUUGUUUCCUACUGGUCAUGGACACCCGUUCAUCGCUUUCUUUGCUGCCUGAUGCUUUGGACACUCUCAAUUUGACAGCCUCAUUCUACAAGACAGACACUAUGAAGGACGCUUGUAAUGCGGCCAGAUUACUUGUUAGGCUACAGCAGCAAAGGAGAAAAGAGGAUGUAGCUAUAUUUGACGAUGCCCUCAAGGCCUGUCGCGGAGUAGAGAACGAUACAGCUGCACCGAUGACUGCAAAUGGGGCUGACCGAAAUUGGUUUGGGGCCUUCUUCGCAGAUCUGUCAACUCAACAAAUGAGUGAAUUCGAACAAGUCAUGGUCCCUGGCAUGCUAGACGGACCAACAUUGCUUGGUGGAUAUGACAACAAGGUUCUCAGUUUUGCUUACGGCUCAAUGGUGCCGGCGACUUCAUUUCCGCAAAGUGGUGGUCCAUCUCUAGCAGCAUGA